AUCCCGCAUUGCGCCAUAUGACAAUGCUCUAUGUGGAAGUUGCUCGCCAUUAGCACUGAUAAUUUUUAGAGGGAAAACUACAUUCAUAAAAAAAUCACGAAGCAUGUAAAAUAUUGCAAAUAAAUUUGGUGAUAACUGCGAACGAUGAAGUGUUUAAAUUCACGUCUCGUUACGUUCAAAAAAUGUGUUUUACGUGUUGCCAUAGUUAUCAUUGAAUGCUAACGAAGUCAUUAGCUUAGUUCAUUCAUCGUACGUAUGCAUUCAGCUGGGCUGAUUAUUCGUCAACGAACUCCAAAAUGGAACUAUACCUGGGUACCUACGUUUCUUGUAUUAAAAUCGGUAAUUCUCCGAUCAUUCCACCCUUGUUGGACGAGUGUCGACGAGAAGAAAUGCGAUAUUAUCGUCAGCUAGCUGUUUCAUUACAGAACCGUUUCAAAUCACAAGAUACCAGCAGUGAUACCGGAGUCACCAGUUCGUCUGAAAGUCUACCUACGGAAAAAGAACUUGUAUCGAGAAUGGAUCCGUUGGAUGAUAUGAAAACCGACGAUCUAGACGGUGUAGAAUUAGAACAUCUCGAUCUCGACGGUUCUGAUAGUGAUGAUGCUUCGCACGAACCUAGUGAUUCGUUCACCUUUGCUGAAACUAACGUAUCGAAUACUUUCGACGAACGUGGUGAUUCGUUCACUUUGGCUGAAAAUAACUUAUCGAGUACUCGAGAGAGGAGUAAUUCGUACACUCUGGAGACUCCCAGUCCGGUACUGUUGGCUUUCAUUCGAUCUCUGCAGGAAAAACAACAAGAUAACGAUCAAUCGCAGGAUAUUUUCACCGAUACCGAGCUCGGUACACCAACUAUGGCCGAACAGGCAUCCGGAACCGAAUGUUUGAAAGAGAAAACUCGUCGAAGCUUAUGGGCUGUUCAUCUACCUUCGAGUAAACCCGGAGAAACAUUAACCCAAUCGACUUCUUUGCCAAAUAGCAACUACGUCAGUCCAUCGAGAAUGGUCAAACGUUCGUCGUCGCAAUCAGAAGACGACGGUUCAGUCUAUCACGAUACUUAUGUAUCGAACGAUGAAGAUACCGAAUACGUCGAUAAAAUCGAACAACAGUUGACUGAAAACGAUAUCACUCCUACUAAAAGCCCGGUUCCAUUCAACGCUAACGAUAGUUUCGCCAAAGAUUUCAACUUACUCGAUAUCAGCUUCCGGUCACGAGAUACGGAUAUCGGUCGUGAAAGCGUCGGUACAUUUUCAAACUGUAGCAGCGUCAGUUUGGGGAAAUUCAUGCCAUCGGUGGAUAAUAAAAAGUCAAUCGAGUGCGGCGGCGAAGCUGAACAAGAAGCUUUUACGUACUUUCACGAACAACUUAAACUGAAACACAGGCAACAGUUAGCCCAACUUUUGCAAGUACAGCAACGAGAGCACGACAUGUUGAAGGAACAAUUCUUGAAAAUUUCUCGACCUUCGAGUUGCGUCAACGUGUCUCCUCCUUCGACCCCGUUGGCGGUCUAUUCUCACCACAAAUCACCUAAUAAAAGCAUCGUUUUAGACGAAUCGAUCUCCACUCAGUUACUACCUAUUCCUAAUUCGUCGUCAUCGCCUAAGAAACGAUCCACUUCCGGUCAAUCUCCGAUUCACAGAAGGCAUCAAGCUGCCAGUAAAAUACAAGCUGGUGUUCGUGGCUAUUUCACUAGACGGCUUUUUAAAACGAGCAAGGUCGUUUUACUCGUACAAACCAUUAAAGAUUGUUUAGUUACGGCUGUAUCUCUUCAAAAUGAAACCAAUCUUGGAUUAUCUGAGUUGGAUUUACAGAACAGGCUGUUACAACAGUUGACGACUGCUUGUAACGAACUGAACGAUAUUUUCUCACUUCCGGUCAAAGAGAGAUUGGCCAUUAUAGCCGAAGAUAGGGAGAAGAAAAAAAGAGAAUCUAGACGUACGAAUACACCUCUUCCAUUAUCAGAAGCUACUAGACGAUCUUUGCAACGAAAAUUAACCAGUUCACUUCCACCCGAUGAUCGAAAAAGAUCCAGAAAACGUUGCAAAUCAGCAUCUUCCGUCCGUUCGGAUUCGUCCAACAAUACACUACCUAGUCAAAGAAGACCACUUACAGCUACAAUGUCAUUUUCGCACAAAUACUCGAUGCCGCGUUCGAAUCGUAAACCUUGGAGAUGAUUUAUCCUGUCUAAAGAUCUCAGCCCAACGAUUAUCAUAAUUUUAUACGUUUAUUUUAUAGUUUUUAUUCAUUUUUUUUCAGCUAUUUUUAUACUCCAGAAGUUUAGUUUAUUAGAAAAAAAAGAAAGCAAUCGUGUGAUUUUUACCUGUGAUCGUGAACAAGUUUAUUAUUACCUAUUUUAAGUUUCUAAUAAUGAGCUUAUUAUAAUUGUCAAUUUUUGAAGUGAUUUUAGCACCAUUUUUUUUCCAAUUUUUUAUAUUAAUAAAUUAUUAUUUUUUUAA